AUGGCCUACGCACUUAGGCAAAGAAAGCAAAACACUAAUUAUGCAGAUUCGGACAGUCCUGGAAGUGAUUCAGUUGGUUCCGAUACAGACUAUUUAUCAGGGAGCUUUAGUAGACAAAAACGGAGAAGGAACUUGACAUUAUGCUCUCCAGCUACUAAGGAGACUAAAACGGCAAACUCAGGUGUAAAUUUGACAGCAAGGCGUCGACGAGGUCGAACCUCAAAGAAGAGGGCACAGGAAAUAAAAAACAAGGAAGCCAGUAAUGCUACAAGUUCAAACAAUAAAAACGGAACAUUAUCUGCUGAACAACCAAGUUCAAACAAACUAACCAUUUUAUCAUGGUUGUUAGAUUGCAAUGUUAUCAAGAAGGGUGAACAUGUCACCUACUCGAAUAAAAUAAAGGGAAGUACGGCAAAGAGAGGAACAAUUGCCGGAGGUGAAAUUCUCUGCAGCUGUUGCCAGAGGGAAUAUUCUGUGUGGGCCUUUGAGAAACAUUGUGGAAGUGACCUUAAACAACCUUAUGAACAUAUAUACCUUCCUGAAAAACAAAGAUAUCUUCUGGAGUGCAUGGUGAUCGCUUUGUGUGAGAACAGUGAACCGAAACAUCAGGAAACACAUUCCUUUGUAUCCAAGAGAAAUGCAGGAGAUAAACAUGAUUAUGCUUGUCCUGUUUGCGGAGAUGGGGGAGAGUUGAUCUGCUGUGACAAGUGCCCCUCCACAUAUCAUUUAAACUGUUUGAAUUUGGAGAGGCUUCCUGAAGGAAAAUGGUUCUGUCCUUAUUGUGUAUGCAAGCAUUGUGGGCUUAGUGAUAAAAGCAAGCAACUGAUUAAGUGCUUCCAAUGUAACAAAAAAUUUGACUGGGGAUGCUUUAAGGAAUUUGAGAAAGAAGCUCUUAAAGAUGCCUUAGACAUUGACUGUUCGAGAUUAUACUGUCAGCAAAGUUGUAGAAAGACCCAUGAGAAAUUGGAGAGUUUAGUUGGAGUCAGGAAUGAAGUCGAUGAAAGCUACUCUUGGAGAGUUAUUCGUCAAAUGGAGAAAAGAACAUCAACUGUCUCUGAACACCAAUAUGUUGAAAAUAAUGCCAAGGUUGCAGUUACAUGGAAAUUAAUGGAUGAAGCUUUUGAGACAAUAGUUGACAGAUAUACAGGCCUCAAUGUGGUUCGAAGUGUACUAUGCAGUCUUCGGUCAAAGUUACCCAGGGUUGAUUAUAGCCGUUUCUAUACGUUUAUACUGGAAAAGGAUGAUGAAAUUGUCUCUGCUGCUUCUGUGAGAAUCCAUGGGCGGAGGCUUGCAGAUAUGCCCUUUAUGGCCACACAUAAAAAUUAUCAAAGAAAAGGAUACGGUAGAUAUCUUCUGGCAGUGGUGGAAUCGUGUUUAAUGCUGUGGAAAGACUUAACAUUGUCGCCCGCAAAAUCAGUUAGCAAUGACCAAAAAGAAGAGAGGCAAAUUGGCAUUCUGAAUGUCGAGGAACCUCGAAAUAAUCCAAUGGACCGUUCCCUUCUAGACCUUAACAUACCCCUCCUGAAGAAUGCACAAGGACUGUGGAAGAUGAUGCGUAGUUCGCGGCUAACGUUGCUGAUUGAGUAG